AGCAUAGGGGCUCUGUAGUGUGGUACCAAAAAAAGGCGUAACCUCUAGUUUCUUAAAAAAAUUAAUGAUAAACUUAUGCGACGCCGUUUUCAAAGAAGCAAACGAGCAAGAACAAACUGAUCUGCUUUGGUCCAGUCUAGUGAAAUACCAGCACGAUCUCUGGCUUCGGUGUAUCAAUCGACGGAUUAAACCAACCAAUCUUUGCAAAUUCAUUGAUCAGAGAGUUGAAGCAAUGAGUUUAGGCUUCUUUUUCGGUGUACUUGGAGUUUUAAUUCUCGCUCACGCGGCUUAUUCAACCGUUCAAUAUAGGGGUUUGCUAAAAAUUAUGGAAGAGGAGUUCUCUGGACCUCCUUUCAAUGUGGUGAUUGAGUUGCUUCUAGGGUUAUUGUUGUGUAUGUGGGCAGCACUAACGGUGCCGGGGAAGUUUCUGUCAAUUCAUCCCGAUUCUGAUGAUAAUAGUUUUUGUAGAAGCAUUAUUUCAAUCAAUGACUUGAGGAUCUCUGCGCCCUUAAAUGCAGGAUGGUUUCUUUACCAGGCAGCUUGGAAUACAUGAUCUUCAAUCAUCGUGGGAAAGUUUUUCUUACAGAUUUGAAUUUAAAGCUGAAGCAUUGAGGUGGUUUCAUUCGGAUUUAAGAAAUUUUCCAGAGAUUUAAGGAGUGCUUUAUUUUUCAGAAACUUGUAGUUGAAAAGAUGAAGCAGAGGAUAAACAAUUGAAACUAUCAGAUAUCUUGACAUAUAUCUGAACUUUGCAUUUGUUUAGCAGUUUCCCAUUUUGUGGCAAAAUUUCAAAGUAUCUUCUUUUUGCUGGAAAAUUACUGGAAACCUGUUUAGAAAGUAAUCACCUUCAAGCCCAAUGAGUGAAAUACAUUGAAUGGACAAACAGCUUAAACUGCACUAAAAUGCUUAGGCUUUUUUGGUU